AUGCUUCCCAUCUGCGCCGUCUACGCCGCUGUUGGAUACAUGCUAUUUCACGCGACCUCGUCGUCCUCCUCGCCAUGUGCUCCUCCACCAUCAACUUCGCCAUCUCCUACUCUCUACUCGGUGCAACCCUUCAUCAACGCAGCGGGGUACGGCUGGCCGUUUGUCUUCUUUGGCCUCUGCGUGCUGCUGUCCAUGGGGGCGGCUAUCCCUAUGAUUGUCUACGGUAAGAAGUGGAGGAGGCGGAAAGCGGCAAGGUACUAUCGGUUUUUGCGGGAGGUUGGGCGGGAAGAAGUCAGAACUGACUGA